AUGAGCCUGGAAAAAGAGCUGGUCGAUACCGCUGGCCUCCCACGCGAUGAUGUCGACUUUGCCGAACCCGAACCAGAGGACUCUGUAGAUGAUCCGGGCCCCAGUCCAGCCGUGGCCCUCAAGACCAGCGAGAUCCUCGCCGCCUGCACCUGGAGAGAUGCCACACGGCUGAGAGCCCUGGCCGAGUCUGAGGGCGGCCUUCUCGCCGAUACACUACGUCAGGUAGCAUGGCCCAUAUUGCUUGGCUUGCCUCCCCCAACCGACGAGAAAGAAAGCGACAGCACACAUUCGGCAGACCCUGAUGCCGCUCCUCCAAACGACGACGACUGGAAAAAGUAUCCACGCCAUCAUGACGAGGAUCAGGUUCAACUCGAUGUGAAUCGAUCUUUUGUCCAUUAUCCCAAUGAUCAGUCCGAAGCACAGCUACAGGAGCGAAAACAUGAAUUAUCAAAUCUCAUUGUGGAGGUUCUCCGCCGACACCCAUAUCUCUGCUACUUUCAAGGGUACCAUGACAUCUGCCAGGUAUUCCUCCUGGUCCUAGAGCCAGCGGCAAGAGCACCGCUGGUGUCGCGGCUCUCCGUUCUCAGGAUCCGCGACUUCAUGCUGCCCAGUCUCAGCGCCACAACCGCACAGCUAAGGCUCCUCCCCGAUAUCCUAGCCCGCGCAGACAUGGAGCUUCGCCGGCAUCUCUCCAGUAUAGAACCUUUUUACGCCCUCGCUGGCACCCUUACCAUGUAUGCUCACAAUAUUGAGCGGUACAAGGACAUAGCUCGGCUGUUUGACGUCAUCUUGGCGCGCGAACCUACCUUUUCCAUAUACCUGUUUGCCCAGAUUGUCAUAGAUCGCCGCGAAGAGAUUCUUGAAAUUGACGAGCCCGAUAUGCUUCAAGUCAUUCUCGGCAGAGUCCCUCCAGAAUUAGACUUGGAUGCUCUCAUCAAGAGAUCUGUAGAUCUUUUUACCCAGAACCCCCCUGAGACCUUGAGAUCAUGGCAUCAAAUUUCUUCGUCCAGCGUCCUCAAAACCUCCAGGGAUGUAGAUGAAAGCGUGCGGCAAACUAUUGAAGAUGGUCAUCACUACUUCGAGAAACAAGUCAAGGAGAUACAGUGGGAAGAGUUAAGAAUGGGUGUCAGGAGGAGAAUCUGGCUAUACAGGCGGCCUGCCAGGUUCAUCGGAACAGCCAUCAUGGUUGGAGUCGUGGCAUUCUACCUCCGGCGGAACCCUACUCUUCUGCAGUAUAUAUGGUCCCUUUUCCCGGGCCAACAAUGAAAUUGUUAUCAUGUAGGAAAGAAGAGGAAGGAAAGAGAUGAAGAGCCCAACUAUAGAACCUUUGUGUGUAAUGUUUUUUAUAGAUUGCCUAUCUAAUAUUCAACUUUCUGCCAUAAACAUGCUGUGCCUCCAGACGCCAUACAGUAGAAACCAGAAUCCAACCCUAGUUCCACAUCAAUGCUUAGAUUCAAAGUCUUAAUGUAUACGUUAUUAUAAUUACGUAGGUACUUUUGCUUCAAAUGUACAUAUGUACUUCUAUGAUUCGCCCUGGUAUUUUUGCUUUAAUUCCUCAAAGUGCUCCUGUUGCUCCUGUGCCAACUUGCCCGUUUCAUCGCCGAUAAUGGUAAGAAUCAAGGAAUAGUUGUUGUAUAAAAAUCGCUCGCUUUUUCUCGUGUCGCCAUGCGUUUGACUAUGUCGAGUCAAGAAAGCUUCGACCUCGGACCGCAAACGGCGAAGACUGGCGACGACGGGCUCAUCGUCGCCGGCUUCAGUGGACAGGGCCAGGAAGCUUUGGAGCAGUUGCCCAAACCGCUGGGUCACCAUGUGCGGUGCGGCGGACAACUU